CCUGCACUGUGUCCGCAGCCGUCUCUGGUCAUCCCCUGCACUCCGUCUCUGGUCAUCCCCUGCACGGUGUCCGCAGCCGUCUCUGGUCAUCCCCUGCACUGUGUCCGCAGCCGUCUCUGGUCAUCCCCUGCACGGUGUCCGCAGCCGUCUCUGGUCAUCCCCUGCACUGCGUCCGCAGCCGUCUCUGGUCAUCCCCUGCACUGUGUCCGCAGCCGUCUCUGGUCAUCCCCUGCACUGUGUCCGCAGCCCUCUCUGGUCAUCCCCUGCACUGUGUCCGCAGCCGUCUCUGGUCAUCCCCUGCACUGUGUCCGCAGCCGUCUCUGGUCAUCUCCUGCA